GGAGCAACGGGGCGGGGCCUGUCUCUCGCCAAUUAGAAGUGCCAGGAGGUGGGCCUGUCGGUCUGCGGACGGCUGAGGCGCCAUGAAUAUUUUACCCAAGAAGAGCUGGCACGUCCGGAACAAGGACAAUGUCGCCCGCGUGCGGCGUGACGAGGCCCAAGCCCGUGAGGAGGAGAAAGAGCGUGAGCGGAGGGUGCUGCUCGCUCAGCAGGAGGCCCGCACAGAAUUCCUGCGGAAGAAAGCCAGGCAUCAGAACUCGCUUCCUGCAGUGGAAGCAGCAGAAGCGGGAGCCCCAGGCAGUUCUGGCCCUGUGGAUCUGUUUCGGGAGCUGCUGGAAGAAGGGAAAGCGGUGACAAGAGGCAAUAAAGAAUACGAAGAAGAGAAGCGACAGGAGAGGGAGAGGCAAGAGAAAGCCCUGGGCAUCCUGACAUACCUGGGCCAGAGUGCAGCGGAAGCCCAGACUCAGCCCCCGUGGUACCAGCUGCCCCCGAGGCAGGGCGGCCCCGCUUCUGGUCCUGGACCCGAUGAGAGGAUCAAGAGCCGCCUGGACCCACUGCGGGAGAUGCAGAAGCACUUGGGGAAGAAGAGAAAGCACAGCGGAGACAGUGGUGGUCACAGCACAAAGGAAAAGAAGGCUCCUGAGAAACAACGACCCAAAGGGCCUCCGUCCCUGGAACAGCUGCGAGCGGACCGUCUGCGGCGGGAAGCGGCGGAGAGGGUGCGGGCAGAGGCCCUGCUGGCCCGGGUGGGCGGCAUGGCGGCCCCGGAGGAGCAGCCGGAAGAGGUGGACGAGCGGCGGAGGCGGUACAACUCGCAGUUCAACCCCCAGCUGGCCCGGCGUCCGCGCCGGCAGGACCCACCCGUGGCUCCCUGACUCUCAAGGGGGCACAGGAGAGGCCGCUGCUGCCAGCCGUCAUAUAAAACUAUUUAUUCAUAAAUAUUUUCCAAAAUGAAAA